GCAGCCUCUGCUAUUUUACAACUUGCCCUUUCCACACGCCCCCUCGCUCUUCCUUCCCAAAUAUUCUCAUCUCUCUGCUCUUCACAACCCGCCAUUAAUACUCCAUUCCUCAAUCAAUCAACCUUAUCAUCGCAAUUUCAUUUUCUGGAUGCUUCUGUAAUUCAAUCGCAAUCACCAUGCAUAUAACAGGACCUCACUCUUCAACUCUCCUUCGUCGAGCUUCUAGGUCCUCAGCCACCAGGCUUCACUCUUCUCUUUCCGGAAAAUCUUCUUCGCCGUCGCCUUCACCAGUCGCGUCUCAGUCCCGAUCUCAUACCACCGCAUCGGCUGCUUUCCGCUCCGUCCGAUCUAGAUGGAGCCACGGUGUUGAUUGGAAGUCUCCUGCCUCGCUGUCUUCUCAGAUCAGGACUACUGCUUCUCCUGUUCUUGACCGUUUUCACCGUAGUCUCGCUACCAUGGCCUCUGAUCAUGCUUUCAGUGGGAUUUUGACUGGUCUCCCAAAGCCUGGAGGUGGAGAGUUUGGAAAGUUCUAUAGUUUGCCUGCGCUGAAUGAUCCAAGAGUUGACAAGCUGCCAUAUUCAAUUAGGAUACUUCUCGAAUCAGCCAUCCGUAAUUGUGACAAUUUCCAAGUCACCAAGGCAGAUGUCGAGAAAAUCAUUGAUUGGGAGAAGACUUCUCCAAAUCAAGUUGAGAUCCCAUUCAAGCCAGCUCGUGUUCUCUUGCAGGAUUUUACUGGUGUGCCUGCUGUGGUAGAUCUUGCUGUUAUGCGUGAUGCCAUGAACAAUCUUGGUGGGAACUCUGAAAAAAUCAAUCCUUUGGUUCCUGUGGAUCUUGUUGUUGAUCAUUCAGUUCAAGUUGAUGUUGCUAGGUCUGAAAAUGCAGUACAAGCAAAUAUGGAACUUGAGUUCAAGAGAAACAAAGAAAGAUUUGCUUUUCUUAAGUGGGGAUCCAAAGCUUUCCAAAACAUGCUUGUUGUUCCACCUGGAUCCGGUAUUGUGCAUCAGGUCAAUCUUGAAUAUCUUGGAAGGGUUGUUUUCAACACUGAUGGGAUGUUGUACCCUGAUAGUGUUGUGGGAACUGAUUCCCACACAACUAUGAUUGAUGGGUUAGGUGUUGCUGGUUGGGGAGUUGGAGGAAUUGAAGCAGAGGCCACAAUGCUUGGGCAGCCAAUGAGCAUGGUUUUGCCUGGUGUUGUGGGGUUCAAGUUAUCAGGGAAACUCCGCAAUGGUGUAACAGCUACUGAUUUGGUUUUAACUGUCACCCAAAUGUUAAGAAAGCAUGGUGUCGUAGGCAAAUUUGUUGAAUUUCAUGGGGAUGGUGUUGGUAAAAUAUCACUUGCUGACAGGGCAACCAUUGCCAACAUGUCACCAGAGUACGGUGCUACCAUGGGGUUCUUCCCAGUGGAUCAUGUCACUCUUCAGUAUCUCAAGUUAACUGGAAGAAGCGAUGAUACAGUGGCUAUGAUAGAAGCUUACUUACGUGCAAACAAUAUGUUUGUCGAUUAUAAUGAGCCACAACAAGAAAGAGUCUACUCAUCUUACUUGUCACUAGACCUUUCAGAAGUUGAACCCUGUAUUUCAGGGCCCAAAAGACCUCAUGACCGAGUCCCUUUGAAAGACAUGAAAGCAGAUUGGCAUUCUUGCCUUGAUAAUAAAGUCGGAUUCAAGGGUUUUGCUGUACCAAAAGAGACACAAGACAAAGUUGCAAAGUUUUCAUUUCAUGGACAGGAAGCAGAACUUAGACAUGGGAGUGUUGUGAUUGCUGCAAUUACAAGUUGCACAAAUACAUCAAACCCUAGUGUCAUGCUUGGGGCAGGUCUUGUUGCCAAAAAGGCCUGUGAAUUAGGCCUAAAGGUCAAGCCAUGGGUCAAGACAAGUCUAGCUCCAGGUUCUGGAGUUGUUACCAAAUAUUUGCUCCAAAGUGGGCUGCAGAAGUAUCUAAAUGAACAAGGGUUCAACAUUGUUGGAUAUGGGUGCACGACAUGUAUUGGCAAUUCAGGGGAAUUGGAUGAAUCAGUUGGUGCAGCUAUUACUGAAAAUGAUAUCAUUGCAUCAGCUGUUCUUUCUGGGAAUAGAAACUUUGAGGGACGUGUUCAUGCCUUGACAAGAGCAAACUAUCUUGCAUCGCCUCCUUUGGUUGUUGCCUAUGCCCUUGCUGGCACGGUUGAUAUCGAUUUUGAGACUGAACCAAUUGGUGUUGGAAAAGAUGGAAAGGAUGUUUAUUUCAGAGAUAUCUGGCCAAGCACUGAAGAAAUUGCAGAUGCUGUUCAAUCGAGUGUUCUUCCAGAAAUGUUCAAGAGUACUUACAAAUCCAUCACCGAUGGAAACCCCAUGUGGAAUGACCUUUCAGUCCCUCAAGCCAAACUUUACUCAUGGGAUCCAAACUCCACCUACAUUCAUGAACCCCCGUAUUUCAAAAACAUGACAAUGGACCCCCCUGGUGCCCAUGGUGUCAAGGACGCCUACUGCCUCCUCAAUUUCGGUGACAGUAUCACAACCGAUCACAUUUCGCCAGCUGGAAGCAUCCACAAGGACAGCCCGGCUGCAAAGUUUCUUCUAGAACAUGGUGUCGAUCGUAAGGAUUUUAAUUCUUAUGGUAGUCGACGUGGUAAUGAUGAGAUUAUGGCCAGGGGUACUUUUGCCAAUAUUCGUAUUGUCAAUAAGCUUCUGAAUGGAGAAGUGGGCCCGAAAACGGUUCAUAUUCCUUCCGGAGAGAAAUUAUCCGUCUUUGAUGCUGCAUCCAAAUACAAGGAGGCUGGUCAAGAUACAAUUGUGUUGGCUGGAGCAGAGUAUGGAAGUGGAAGUUCCAGAGAUUGGGCUGCCAAGGGCCCUAUGUUAUUGGGGGUUAAAGCGGUAAUUGCAAAAAGCUUCGAGAGGAUUCAUCGUAGUAAUUUGGUAGGAAUGGGUAUUAUACCACUUUGCUUCAAAGCCGGUGAGGACGCAGACACACUAGGGUUGACUGGUCAUGAAAGAUACACCAUUGACUUAUCAAGCAACAUUAAUGAAAUCCGCCCCGGUCAAGAUGUCACAGUCAGUACUGAUACCGGAAAGUCAUUCACGUGUGUCGCCCGCUUUGACACUGAGGUGGAAUUGGCGUAUUUCAACCAUGGUGGAAUUCUUCCAUAUGUUAUCCGACAACUAGCGGCACAAAAAUGAUGUGGUUUUAGAGAGGUUUAUCGGGUUGUACAAUGAGAGGAAGUGAAAUAAAAUGUUUUUCAUUCACAUUUAUGAUUUGUUGCAUCAAGGGAAUGGAAGUUUGAGGAUAGUCUCUUGCAGAUGGCAAAGUGAUUUGCAGUUGUGGCAACAAUUUUUUUUUUUUUUGUAACGAUACUCUUAUUUCAGGCUGAUUUAUUUCCCCUAUUUAUAAGGGAGACAGGUACCCUACACAGGGAAGCAUGAUAUAAUUUCGCUAAGUUUGCUAGUUUUACUUUU